UUGGCUGGACGGGACAUGGCCUGGUGGCCGAUUGGAUCGUCUCUCUUUGCCAGUUCAGAAGGCUCAGGUUUGUUUAUUGGUCUGGCUGGCACUGGAGCUGCUGGAGGCAUCGCUGUUGCUGGCUUUGAAUGGAAUGCCACCUAUGUGUUGCUGGCUCUGGCCUGGGUAUUUGUUCCUGUCUACAUCUCCUCAGGGAUCGUGACAAUGCCGGAGUACCUGGGCCGUCGUUUCGGGGGAGAGAGGAUCAGAACGUACCUGGCUGUCCUCUCACUGCUGUUGUCCGUCUUCACAAAGAUAUCAACUGAUCUGUACUCUGGAGCCUUGUUUGUCCAGGUGUGUCUGGGGUGGAACCUCUACCUGUCCACUGUCCUCAUGCUGGUGGUCACUGCCUUCUACACUAUUGCAGCUUUCAAAAAGAUUGGCGGCUACAGCAAACUGGAGCAUGUGUAUAGCAUGGCAGUGCCCAAAAAGAUCAUUCCCAACAGUACCUGCCACCUGCCACGUCAGGACGCCAUGCACCUCUUCAGAGACGCCGUCACUGGAGACCUGCCCUGGCCCGGCAUGACUCUGGGGCUCACCAUACUGGCCACCUGGUAUUGGUGCUCCGACCAGGUAAUUGUACAACGGUCCCUGUCUGCUAAGAACAUGAGUCAUGUGAAAGGAGCAUCAAUCCUGGCGGCCUAUCUGAAGAUGCUGCCUUUUAUCUUCAUCAUCCUCCCUGGCAUGAUAAGCCGAGCUCUCUAUCCAGACUCUGUAGGAUGUGUGGAUCCAGAAGAGUGUGUGCGAGUGUGUGGAGCUGAGGUGGGAUGCUCCAACAUUGCCUUUCCCAAACUGGUCAUUGAACUCAUGCCAAGCGGUUUACGGGGACUUAUGAUAGCGGUGAUGAUGGCUGCUCUGAUGUCAUCGCUGACCUCCAUCUUUAACAGCAGCUCCACACUCUUCACUAUGGACAUCUGGAAGAAACAUCGCACACGAGCCUCAGAGCGAGAGCUGCUUCUUGUCGGCAGGAUCGUGACCGUGAUCUUGGUGGUGGUGAGUGUGGUGUGGAUCCCCAUCCUACAGUCGGCCAAUAGUGGCCAGCUGUAUGUUUACAUCCAGUCAGUGACGAGCUACCUCGCUCCGCCUGUCACUGCCGUUUUCACUCUGGCUGUCUUCUGGACUAGGACUAACGAGCAGGGUGCGUUCUGGGGCCUCAUGGUGGGUUUGGUGGUGGGUGUGUGUAGGAUGGUGCUGGAGUUUGCCUUCCCGCCUGCCAGAUGUGGAGUUUUGGACUCAGCACCUGCAGUGCUGCGCAGUGUCCACUACCUCCAUUUCGCCAUUCUGCUCUGUGGGCUCACUGCUAUCGUGGUUACAAUAGUAUCGCUGCUCACACCGCCACCCAGUCACGAACAGGUGUGUAACCUGACCUGGUGGACACUGACUGAAGAGCCACCAAGAGAAAUUCCUCUACAGAAAGUGUCCUCUGUCAGCCACCGUAGCUCCCAGGGCUCUGAGCCAACACAGCAGGGGACAUGUGGUCAGAGGACAGGAUUGUGUAUCUCAGCAACACGACGCUCACAGCAGGCUCCAGCUCCCCGAGUUCCCACUCUCAGAGAGAGUCCGUUCUGGUCCAGGUUCUGCUGUGUCAAUGCGAUUCUGCUGGUCUGCGUUAACAUUUUUCUCUAUGCAUACUUUGCCUGAGUAGAGGAUACGAUUUAACAUCCUGCCUCACCCUCCUGCUGAACACCUGCCAAUUGCUCCAAUAUGAACUAGAAACUCUGCCUGCCUGCCAAACAGCCACUGAUUUCUCCUGAUCCAAGAAGGUGGGGUAACAAACUGUGAUUUUUAUACUGAUUUUACAUGAAUCCUUCAAAAUCAUGCAAAUGUACUGUAUCAUGCAGAUGUAGCUUCAGGUGCUGUAAAACAAUCACAUUUGAAAGAGAGAGCCAAUACCUCCACAAAUGCAGUAUAGGCAUACAGUAUUUCUACAGAUGUGCUUUGAUGUUAUUGGUUUACUAUUGCCCCACUGUAGGCUAUUGGUUUGUUCAUAAAACAUUUUCUUCUUGUUGUAACCUUGUUUUAAAGUUUUAGAUGGGUAUUAUACAAAUUAUAAUGAAGCUUGUGGCUUGUAACAAGCUAACAUGAAUGUGCAGGUUAUAAAAGGGCAUCUCAAGCUUAAAAAAUAUAUAUUAAGAUUAUAGAUUAUAUAGUGAGAAUACUUUUAUGUGGUUUAGGUUGUAUGCGACUUGCAUAAUCCCAUUUCCUUUAGAGUCUAUAUGCUUAAUGGUAACUAUAUAUAGUAAUGUUUAUGGCCUUAUGUCUGUCAAUCAAGGUUUAAUGAGCCUUCAGUUAUUGUUCUAGUGUUCUUUCCUGCUGUGUAGCUCAUUUAUUAAUAUAAAUCAGAAUCUCUUAGUUUUUCCUGGUCCAUGACUGACCCAAAUUCUCAUGACAUAAAUUGUCUUGUAAAUUUAAAUAUGGCACACGUUUGUGUUUUGUAUCAGGAAUGCAAUUGGAGCUCAAAAUGCAUCAAAAUUAUAUAGAAAUAAUGAAAACUUUUAUAUGUCUUUUUAAUUAUCACAAAUAUAUCAGACAGUUUAUCAGUAUUGAAAUUGACCACUGAUCAAUUAAUGCUUAACAACAGAUCCCCACAAAGGGCAUCAACCCCAAGGUUGAGAAACUCUGUUAAAAUAUAAUGUUCCUGUGCAUUUGACACAUUUUUUUUAUUGGUGAGAUUUAUGCAGAAGUAUUGAGAAGUACCUGAAUGUGUCUGAUGUCAGUCAAAAUACUAAAUACCUUGACAGCUUCUCCAUCAAAUGUUUUUUUUCUUGUGAUAUCUCAAAUAAAUUUAAAGAUAUGUGCA